UGUCCAAUUCCUUCUUAUCAUCAAUUACAUUACAGUCUUAGAAAAUGCCUAAGAAGAAAGGGAAAAAGGGAAAGAAAAGUAAAGGAAAAGGAAAGAAAGAAGGAAAACAAGAGUCGAAAUCCGAUAAAGAGUCAGACAUGGAAAAGGCAAAGGCCAAUGCUGCUCUUUGGGAAGCAAGGCUUGAUGUCACUGAACACUCGCGCGUGGAAUACCGUGAAGCCGCCCGCAGGUUGGCACGAGCCAACGAAGAGCUCACUAACCAACAGUAUCGUGCAGAGAAGGACACAAUUGAUAUAAUUGCCUUCUUAAAGAGGAAAGAUGUUGAGAACGAAGAAACGAUUACAAGGCUCGAAGCACAACUUAAAAGCCAAAAAAAACAAGCACUUGAAGAAAAUGAAAAACUGAUUGCAGAGUAUACACUCAAAGUCAGUGAGGUGGAGGAGAAGUUCAAGAAGAGAUCCAGUGAGUUCAAGAUGAUACAGGGUGAACUGAAGAUUAUCAAAGAGUUUCGCAAAAAGAAAGCCCAGAUGGAGCAGGAGCUAAAUAGUAUUAAAGAAAGCAUGUACAUUGCGGACAGAGAGCACAAGGAAAGUUUAGCUGAAAUGGAGCACAAAUUCUUCAGUGAAAAGGUUCGCCUAGAGAAGGAGGCCGAACAGAGGAUUGCCCAGCUGGCUGAGAGGGCCCACAAUGAGGCCAUUGUGCAGUUGGAUGACGCAUCACGCUCCGUGUUUAAGGAGAAUGUUCGACUUAGCGAGGCGCUCAAAUACCAUAUGAAGGAGGUAGAGGACUUGAGGAAGAUGACUGUGUCGUUGGCAGAGGAGAAUGCCUCCCUGGCAGUGUAUAAGGAGACCAGUGAGCUGAUGCUGAAGGAGCAUGUAUCCCAGCUGAGAGCCCAGGAGGAGGAAAUAGCAGAGCUGAGAGGAAAGUUGGGGGCCCUGGAGCAGGCCCUGGGCAUCAUGGGGGUGGAGUUUGAGAGAGACAAGACUGAGAUUCAGCACUCUGCCCUAGUCAGCAGCCAGGCUGCCCAGGUAGAGCUGGUCAAGUUGCAGAAGGUGCUGGCCAUGCGAGAGAAGGAGAUUGGGCGAGUGAAGCGUCUAGCACGCCGCAUUGUCGAGCAGCGCACAGAGCUAGAAUGCUUCUUCCAUGAGGCCCUGGGCCAGGUGAGGCAGGAGAUCCAGGCCAGCCGGCUGCAAUACAGGCAGGAGGCACUGGAGGCCUACCGCAGAAGGAUGAGUGAGGCCCGGGCAGGCAAGCAGGGGUACCCCCGCAUCCGCACCUUCCGCCAAACCUUUCACAGCACCAACAGUGUCUACAGUGAUCUGGAGGAGGCAGAAAAGUGGAAUAAUCUCCAGAGCAACAAGGUGGACAUCUCUGAACUCACGUGGGAACAGAAGGAAAAAGUGCUUCGACUGCUGUUUGCCAGAAUGAACGGACACAAAGCAAGGAUUCUGAGCCAACCUUUGGCCUUGUCUACAUCUUCAGACGGGAACCAGAAUGAUACUGAUCCCGGAAUUACAAAGGAGCUGUCCCAAGUGACCUUCAUCACCCAGGCGCCUGUGUCUAACCUGCCCUCUAACCAGAGCACCCUGCCAGAUAUCCGGGCCACAUGACCUC